UUAAUAUAACGUGUGUACUCCUUUGACUAAUCAGUCAUAUACUAUACCGCAGUGUUUAAAACUCGUCUGUAAAUAAUAUUCAGUAUCGUUUAUAGACAUUUGUUCUGGAAACUAAUAAAUAUAAAAUUUAAGAUGUCAUCUCGCGCAGGACGUUCUUUAUUUGUACAACUUGUGCGUAAAUAUAGUAACACCGCGGGCUCGGAUGUUAAACACUAUAAGGUUGUGGUAGCGGGAGGAGGGACAGGGGGUUGCUCCGUGGCUGCACGUGCAUGUCGUGCACUUGGAGCUGGUAAUGUUGCUGUCAUUGAACCAGCUGAGUAUCACUACUACCAACCAAUGUGGACGCUGGUGGGAGCCGGGAUCAAGAGAGUGGACCAGUCAGCUAUGCCGAUGAGUGAAGUACUCCCGAAGAAAUGUGAUCAUCAUAAACAACGUGUUUCCGAAUUUGAUCCUGAUAAAAAUACCGUUACUCUUAACAACGGUCAGAAGUUAAGUUAUGACUAUCUAGUGAUAGCACUGGGAAUACAGAUAAACUUAGAUAAAGUUGAUGGUCUUAUAGAAGCAUUGAAGGUUGACCCUACAGUCUGCUGUAACUAUGUACGAGACACAGUGGUAAAGACUUACCCUGCUAUACAGAAUUUUAAAGGAGGACAAGCUAUAUUUACAUUCCCAAAUACACCCAUCAAAUGUGCCGGUGCACCACAGAAAAUCAUGUACCUGGCAGACGAUUACUGGAGAAAGCAUGGAGUACGAGAUAAAACAGAAAUCCUGUAUAACACAUCUUUAGGAGUGAUAUUUGGAGUGAAGAAAUAUGCUGAGAGUCUACUGAAAGUUGUUGAGAAAAAGAAUAUUAAAGUGAAUUUCAAGAGGAACUUGGUAGCAGUUGAUCAUAGUAAGAAAAUGGCAACUUUUAAAUUACUGGACAGUGAAUCUGGUGAGGAAGAGACGUACAAAUAUGACUUCUUGCAUGUAGCGCCACCAAUGUCCGCCCCUGACACAUUGAAGAAUUCUACUUCACCGAUCACAGACGCUGCUGGCUUCCUUGACGUUAAGAAAGAGACGCUACAACAUAACAAGUACCCAAACAUUUUCGGUCUCGGGGAUUGCACCAACGUCCCUACCGCCAAAACUGCAGCAGCCGUUGCUGGCCAGAAUAAAAUCUUAUAUAGAAGCUUGACACAAGUAAUGGCGGGACAAAGUCCUGAUGGACAGUACGAUGGUUACACAUCUUGUCCGCUAAUUACCGGGUACCAUUCCUGUAUCCUUGCUGAAUUUGAUUUUAAUGGCCAACCACUAGAGACGUUUCCAAUUGAUCAGGGCAAGGAAAGAAGAACAAUGUUUCACUUAAAGAAAGAUAUCAUGCCGGAAAUGUACUGGAGAAUGCUGCUGUCGGGACGCUGGGGAGGACCAAAACCUUACCGGAAGAUGAUGCAUCUUGGGAUGUCAAGAUAAAUUCAUACAGUGAAAAAUAAAACUUUGAUUAGGGUGAAAUUGCAUUGACAGUGCUAGUUUGAUAUAUUGGUUCGGACUGUACAAUAACUUUAUGUGACUAAAUAUGUCAAGAUAGAAAUGUUCAUCCAGUUUACUUGUCUGGGAAUGCCAUUAUGUUAGCAUGACAAAAUAGAUUUAUGAUAUCAAAGUAUAUUUGCUAUUAGUAUUACCCAUGCCUUAAAGGGCACAUAGCUAAAAUUAUUAGCCAUAAAAUGGCAGUACUAUUUUCAAAUGAAUAAAAAUGGCAUUGCCUAUUUUUGGUAAUUCGAUAGCAAACAAGAGCAAUAACUGACCAAUAUUUUAGCAUGCGGUGUAUCAUACAAUAACAUAAGUAUACAAUACCACACAAUUUGUUUAUGUAUGUCAAGAUUUAUAUACACAUAUUGCAGGUGAUAUGUCAAGGUUAUAUUUGCAUAUAUUAUGUAUCUGUUGUAUUUCUGGGCGGAUAUUAUUGGCAAGUUCCUAUUUUAUUGCCUAAAGAGACUAAUAAUAUGACCUUUUUAAAACGAGAUUUGUCGAAACAUUUGACAGUUAUUCUUUUAUGUAUUGUCCA